GGUGGAGCAGCGCGGCUGCGCGGGCGUCGGGGGCGGGGCCCGCAGCUACAAGAGACGGGGCGGUGCUCUGUCUGCCCCGCUCGCUCUCUAGGGUGGAUUUGCUUCUCAUCCCUAGGCGUCUCCUGUGAAAAGGGAUUAUUUGGCAUUUACAGCUGAGUUGCCGCUGAUUUCUCUGAUACAGAGCCCAGAGGAUAAAGCUGCGUUAUUUAUAUUAUUAUUAUUAUUAUUAUUAUUGUCACAACGGAAGUUGGAAACAAAAUGGAAGAGGCAGAAAAGCACAUACCGCACAAUAGUGUGGUUGGUGGUAAUUUUGAAGACAUUUGUCCAGAGAAGGUAAUUAGGUUUAAACCGCCAUUAUACAAACAACGGUACCAGUUUGUUAAAGAUUUAGUGGAUCGCCAUGAACCCAAGAAGGUUGCAGACCUGGGAUGUGGUGAUACCAAGCUCCUAAAGCUGCUAAAAAUCUACCCAUGCAUUCAACUGCUUGUUGGGGUAGAUAUCAAUGAAGAAAAAUUACAUUCAAAUGGGCAUCACUUGUCUCCCUGUUUGGGGGAGUUUGUAAAACCCCGAGAUCUAGAUUUGACUGUCACCUUGUAUCAUGGCUCUGUUGUGGAGAGAGACUCUCGCUUGCUUGGAUUCGAUUUGAUAACAUGCAUUGAAUUAAUAGAACAUUUGAAUUCAGAUGAUCUGGCCAGAUUUCCUGAAGUGGUUUUUGGAUACCUGUCACCAUCCAUGGUUGUCAUCAGCACACCAAACGCUGAGUUCAACCCCCUGUUCCCCACAGUGACCCUGAGGGAUGCAGAUCAUAAAUUUGAGUGGAGCAGAAUGGAGUUUCAGACCUGGGCUUUACGAGUGGCAAACUGCUACAAUUACUGUGUGGAGUUUACUGGGGUAGGGACACCACCAGCUGGAUCUGAGCAUGUUGGAUAUUGUACCCAGAUAGGUGUCUUUAGGAAAAACAGUGGGAAGCUAGCUGAAUCCUGUGUCUCACAGCAGCAUGACCAGCAUGUGUACAAAGCGGUUUAUACAACCUCCUACCCGAGUUUACAGCAGGAAAAGGUGCUCAAGUUUGUACUGGUUGGGGAACUCCUGAUACAGGUGGAGCGCUUGAGGCUGAGAUACCAGAGAAUGCUGAGGGAGCAGGAGAAGGAGGACCCUAAGCCAGGGGACGAGGACUUCUCCCCAGAGCCCCACCUACUGCUGGGAGAAUUUUUCACGGAAGCCGAAAAGGCCAGGAUAGAAAAUUCUCCCCGACCUUUCUGUGAAGGAGAGAAGUUUUGCAUACCCCUGCGGCGAUUGCUCGCUUAUCCCAAGCUGCACCGCUUGAGCAUUGACGAAGAGAGGAUGCGGUCCCUCAUUGCUGACUCGGUCUGCUUGAGCAGAGACGGCUCUGCAGUGGUCGUUGACCUGCAUAAUUCUUGGGAUUAUCGGUCUGAAGAUAAUUGAGCCAUCCGAAUUUCCCCGAAGCUCAGAGUCUCGCUGAUACUUAAGUUGGCUUAGAAUUCAAACUGUUUUUGUUUUUGUGGUGCUGGGAAUUGAGCGAAGGGCCUUGUGCAUGGUAAGCAAGCACUCUGCCGCUCAGCUAUUCCCUUAGCCCUAUGACUUAAACUUUGUACCGUCCUAAUUCAAGUAAUAUUUUGCAAGUUUUUUAACACAAAUCGGGUCCUGAACUCAUUGACAGAUCUGCCUGACAUAGACUGCUCUUUGCCUAAGAAAGGGCUUAACUAAAAGUUGUUGCUUUCCUUUAAAAUUGGAUUUUUCUUUUUUCUUUUCUUUCUUUUUUAAAUUGGAUGUUUCCAAGAAUGAAGAAAUUGGAUGUGGUAAUGUUUUUAAUUUUGUCCUCACCCAUAUUUUGGUGUUAGAGCCGUAUGUUGAAUGUGACAUUAAAACAUUUCAAUGUAAUCAAAGCCACUUGAGAACCUUUCCCAGGGCUGAGCAUAGGGGCCCUUUACCUAUAAUCUGAGCACCUGGAUGAUGACACAGGAGGAUCAUGGGUUUGAGUCCAGCCUGGGCUACAUGGUGAGACUCUAUAUCUCAAAAACAAAAACCAAUUCCUCUGCCCAACUUUUCCCAGGGGUGAUGUAGUUUUAAAAUCUAGGAUUAUCCUUUUACUUUGCAUAAAACAUUAUAUGAAAAAGGAACAUGGUUAUUUUUUGAAGGGUAUAGAAGUCUCCCUUGGUAAUGAAGGGUAUAGAAGUCUUCCUUGGUAAUCCCUGUCCACACAGUGUGUGUCUAGGUAUGUCUGUGGUGGUAGAGGUUGAACCCCAGGGCUUUGCACAUUUUAGGCAUGUGCUCUACCAUUGAGCAGCACCCCCACCCACAUGUGAAUACCCUUCCAGAACUUUCUGCCUGGAGUCGGGGUGGUAGUAGCUAUAGGAGAGAGAAAUGUGGCUUUGUCCGAUGAAAGAGAAAAGGGGCCCCAAGGGGAAAUUCUUGUGUGAGGCAUGGGAGUCCCGAGGUAAGUCAGCCAGGCAUGGCUGCUCCACAGUUAACGUUAGAGCCCCUGGUGUCCAUCUUGAUAACUGUGGCAGAGACGGUGGAUUAACCUGGGGUUUCCUCUUGCAUAGCCUACACUACCAGAAAGGAAGAGAGGUGGAGCUCAUUAGCUGCCCCGUGUGCUUUGGUGCUUGUUGCUAGGCAACACCACCGCCGCCACUUCCUGUGUGACAGUGAGGGAAGUUGAGAAGUGUAGUUCAUAUUCUAAGAAGCCACACACCUACUCAGACAUCUGCUAAGGAACCCGAAGAAAAUGGACAUGUCCACCGCCUGUGCCACCCGGUAUAGCCUGAACUCCCUGAGGCUGUUCGGAGGCUGUGGAGUCGGUCCCUGGGUAAGAGCUCUGUGGACACUUAUCCUUAAGCUGAAUCUUCCAGGGUUGUUAAUCAGUGGAUUUGGUGAGAAGGUUUUCAUAGAGAAGAAUCUUCAUCACAUAGGCACUGCUAACCAGCUGUCCUCUGAAUCUCAUAGAAUAAUCCAUCAGAUUGCCACGUGCCCCCAGGUGCUCAAAGGUGUACAUGACCUAGACAGAGAUUUACAUUCCUUUCCACACCCAAAUGCCCCGUCUUCGCCUUUCUAUGUCUGUGCUCAAGGUUUGCCUUAGAGCUCCCUGCUCAUCAUGGCUCUUUGCUGAAGUCACGUUUUCUAGCCGAGGUAAAGAAGCCCUUGAUCAUAUCUUCCUCCCAAGUUAGUCCCUCAGCUCUCUUGAAGCCUGAUGUCUUGAUCCCUUACCCACAAACCCUUUGUGUGCUUACAACUACCAUGGGGAUGAGAACAGCUCUUUCUUGUCUAUCCACAUUUCCUGCACCUACCUCUCGCUCUUCCCCAGAGCUGCAGACAUGCUAGGCAAGCGCUUUACCACCAAGCCACACUUCCAGCCCUUGGCUUGUACGUACAUCCUUAGUUUGUGUUCACGUCUCAGGUUUGACAAACGCCUUUCUUUGCACAGUGACAGGUUUAUUCUGAAGCCCUCUUCUCUCUCCUUUGCUGCUGGGAAUGUAUCGCAGGGCUCCGUGUGCGCUCUGCAGGUGCU